GCCGACGCACUCCUGACCUUUAACCACCAAGAGAGAGAGAGAGAGAGAGAGAGAGAUCCAUUGUAUCCUAUUUGUUGAAUUGAAAGCGAAGCAGUAGAGUAGAGAGAUAGAGAGAAGAGAGAGAUGGGGAAGAAGGCUGUGCUGGUGGGUUGCAAUUAUCCAGGGACCAAGGCUGAGCUGAAGGGAUGCGUAAACGAUGUGAGAAGGAUGAGGGAAUGCCUCAUCAACCGCUUUGGUUUCCAUGAGGACGACAUCACCAUACUCAUUGACACCGACGACUCCUACGAUCAGCCCACAGGUGCCAACAUCAGGAGGGCACUGGGCCGUCUGCUGGAGGAGGCUGAGGAUGGAGACAUCCUCUUCUUCCACUACAGCGGCCAUGGCACCCGCCUGCCAGCCGAGACGGGCGACGAUGAUGACACUGGUUAUGAUGAGUGCAUCGUCCCCUGCGACAUGAACCUCAUCACAGAUGAUGACUUCCGUGAGUUCGUGGACAAAGUUCCCGAGGGCUGCCAGAUAACAAUAGUCUCAGACUCCUGCCAUAGUGGCGGCCUCAUCGACGAGGCGAAGGAACAAAUAGGGGAGAGCACCAAAGAUGGAGCAGUAGAAGAGGACACCGAUCAGAGUGAAAACCGCAGCUUUGGCGGUUUCAAGGAUUUCUUGCACCAAACAGUGCACAGCGCCCUUGAGUCCCGAGGCAUCCACCUUUCAUCUGGCCACCACCACCACAGACCCAAUGAUGAAGAUAACAAAGACAAUGAAGAGAUGGUCAGUGAAAGUGGUCACAAAAUUAGGAAUAAAUCACUCCCUCUUUCUACCCUCAUUGAUAUCCUCAAAGAAAAGACGGGCAAAGAUGACAUAGACGUAGGUAAGCUCCGCCCCACGCUCUUUGAUUUGUUCGGUGAGGAUGCCAGUCCCAAGGUUAAGAAGUUCAUGAAGUUCCUCCUCAACAAGCUCCAAUCCAACAAUAAUGGUGAGGAAGGAGGCUUCAUGGGAAUGGUGGGAAGCUUGGCCCAACAAUUUCUCAAGCAAAAGUUAGAAGAGAAUGAUGGAGAUUAUGUGAAGCCAGCUUUGGAAGCCAAUGUAUCAGGCACCCAAAAAGUGUAUGCAGGCUCCACAAAGCGGGAGCUUCCUGAUAUGGGAAUUCUGGUAAGUGGUUGCCAAACGCAUGAAACAUCUGCUGAUGCGAGCCUUCCGGGUCGACCUGGUGAGGCUUAUGGGGCUCUGAGCAAUGCCAUUCAGAAAAUCUUGGCUGAGAGCAAGGGCCCUGUGACUAACCAGGAGCUUGUGCUCAAGGCUCGGAAGAUGCUUGCCAAACAGGGGUUCAAGCAACAUCCUGGCCUCUACUGCAGCAAUACGAAUGCUGAUGCCCCAUUCAUUUGCUAUGACUAGCUUUUAGCUUUUUUGGAUCUGCUUAUAUGGUGAGAAAAGUAUUGAGUGAAUGGCUUUGGUUCAUAAUCUGGGUGGCACUUCACUAGGUGUGCUAUUUUCAUGUUGUUUCCUUAAAUGCUCUUCUUCAUGUGGAUGAACUCAAAUUCUCUAUGAAAACUUGAUUUGGGUGAAAAUGGA